GAAGGAGAAAGAUUUCACACGGAAGCGUGUUCACACUUUUACUUUCGUUUUUUAGAUUUGGCUUGCUUUUCGUUUAAUUGAGCUCUUUUAUUGCAGAAGAAGAGUGAUGAAAAUGAAUUUUGUUGUUUUGUGGAUGUUAUGUCUUUCGGUUGUGCUUACUGGUGUUUACAGUGUUGCUGUAGACAGAGUGUCUGUGAAUGUGACGAAGGGAGAUUCAGUCACUCUACCCACUGGUGUUAAAGCAGACCGAGAAGUAGAUAUUAGAUGGUAUUUUAAUGAAACUCUAAUCGCACAAAUCAAUGGAGAUCUCAGUUUUAUCUGUACAGAUGUUCAGUGUAAUGAAGGUAAUGAGAGAUACAGAGACAGACUGAAACUGGAUCAUCAGACUGGAUCUCUGAACAUCACAAACACCAGCACCACAGACUCUGGAGAAUAUCAUCUACAGAUCAUCAGAAUUGGCGGGGACUCUGACAAGAUCUUCAUUGUCACUGUUCAUGUUGUUUCUGCUUCUGAUCAAGAUCAAAUGAAGGGAACGUCAGAGAAGGAGAGAGAAUCUGGUCUGUCUUCAGCUGCUAGAGCAGGGAUUGGUGUUGGUGUUGGUGUUGUUCUGCUGAUUGUGAUCGCUGCUGCUGCUGUUGGUGUGAUUUACUAUCUCAAGCGUCAUCAAACAGGACAAAGAACCAGGACUCAGCGCAGUGAUCAGGAGAACAGUGUCACAUACACCUCUGUUAAUCGUGCUGACAAUGGAUCAGAGCCUGCUGUUACUGAGCCGUCCCGUGAUGGAGAUGUGAAUACCAGUGAAACAAGUUGAUGUUGAGUUAAGAUGACAAGGAAAUAGGAAAUGGACAGCAUAAAAGAGGCAGCAUGUCAAAAAAGUGUGGAAAUUGCUCUCCUUACGGCUAAGUGGUGAUUACUUGCAAACUGGAAUAACGGAGAUAACUUUGUGGACUAACCUUUCCAGCACUUUUGAUUAACACCACAGUGGUCUUUUGUGUUUAUACCGGUGGAAACUUUUGGGACAUUCAGUUUGGGAUUGACAACACGCUGGAUUUCUUAAGGACUGUUUUAAUAGAAUGGAACUGAAAGACUCUGUGCUUUUAACAUCUGAGUUGUUUUAAUUUGGUUUUUAAGUCUCUUGUGAAUAUUGUAAAUACAUAUUUGAUUUUUUAACAUUGUUGUCUGUCUCAUCUUUUAAAACACUUAUUUUAGUAUAAUCUGACCCAUUUUUAACAAACACAACAUCUUC